AGUCGUCUUCACGUGUCACAAGACCGUCAUCUGAUUUACCUUAUCUUCGCAGAGUAUGAUGAUAAGUAUAUUCAGUAUCUCAAUAAUUCAUUGCCACCUGGAUCACCACGCCCGUUUCUCAAGAUGCAUGAAUUUGGUCCCUGGAAUACAUUGAAUCGAAGCGACAUGGAGAACCUUGGCGGAAUUCUUCUUGCGAUCGCCUUGCGUGCCUAUGCAGAGGCCAACCCGAGUACUUGA